AUAAGCAAUAAUAACAACAACAGCAAAUUGAAAACGUGUUAGCUGCCUGCCGACAAACUUAUCAGUGCGUGUGUGUGUUCGCAAAUCAAAAUAACUUAAACGAAAAACUCCAAAGUAAGCAGACAGACAUAUUAGAAUGCAGAAGAUUAAAAUAAUGCAUACGUAUGUAUUAACAAUAGAAUGUGAAACACAAAAUCUAUCUAAAUAAAUAAAUGAAACAAAAACCAACAGCAGCUAUAAAUUACAAUAAAUAGCAAGUAAAUCACGAAAUUAAGAAGCCACACAGGAGAAGGUAUUAAAUAAAAAUUAAAAAUAGUGAACAAUUCUAUAAGAAAGCUAGAAACAAGCAUCUAAAGAAUCGAAUAGCAGCAGCUAAGCAUAAACCCAACCAACACACCCACAACUACUGUGGCGUCGUGUGUCGCCCACUUAAGCGUAAGGAAAUUGUUUACAUUUCUCUCAUUCACAUUUGAGGGUCUACUGUGAGCGUGAGUGCGUGCGUGCGUGCGUGCGAGCGUGCAUGAGUACGGCUGUUUUCUUUGAGAUUGACACUUUUUGAUGACUGUCACUCUGUGAGUCGAAGCACAACAACAACUGCAGCACAAAGUGACAAAGCGUCAGCCGGUGUGACCAACCAACCAACCAACCAACCAAACGACCUCUUCCACACUCAGCUGGCCGGACACACAUUGGUAUAACUAGUAUUUUGUAUGUAUGAAUGAAUGUGUGUGUUUGCUGUCUGCCCAACCUACAUACAGCGCCGCAUCACAUUUAUUCACUUAUCCAUUCGAGCAUUCGUCAGCAGCGAGCAACAAUAACAACAACUACUACUACUAGUGAGCUGACUGUUCACCAAGGCAGCAAGCAGCGUUUCUUGCGCCUCAUUUCGCUCUGCACACCCCACUCUGUACCACACCAGAGUCAGCAGUCAUUAUAGCAUACCACUAGCCAGCCGCCUGACAUUUGAUUUAUUUGACGUGUGUGUUUUUGAUAGAGGCAUAACACGCCAGUGACACGUUCUCGUACAAAUUCAAAAGACACAUACAUACAUAUAUUAAAUAACAUACAUACACAUGUACUAUACAUAAAUACAAUUCAUCUCUGCUGGUAGCACCGUCGUCAAUACGUGUACUCGUAUAGGCUAUGCCAAAGCGUCAUCAACAAUUUCAGCAGCGUCUACAAUGUGUAGAAAUUUGACAUUAGCUACUAAAUCAGCGGAUGUCUUAGAAGCCAGCCAAAAGUGAACAUAAAAGCAUUAGCAGUAUUUAUUUUUAAAAGAAAUAUUUUUUUCGCGUGUAUUUGUUAUAAAAAUAAAAAAUAAAACAAAAACAAAAACAAUCAACGAAGAAAAAACAAAUUAAUCGCUGUUUCCGUGGACACUGAUAAAUCAGUCAAACAAGAAUGCGACAAGUGCCUAGUGCCAAGUGGCAAGUGCUAAUACAGGAAGAAAUCUAAAAAAAAAAUAAAAAAAGAGUGUCGUGUCGCGUUGAAUUCAAAGAAAAGCGAAGAAACACUCCUCCGCAUAUACAUACAUACAUAUGUUGCAGCUGAGGUGAACACCUCGAAAAUCAAUUGAACUGCAAGCAGAUAUAGGCCACACCGAAAAUUCGCGUGCAUUGAAAAUGUUUUGCGUGUGUGUUUGUGUCUUUUGUAGAGUUUGAAGACUGUGGAAUAUUAUAUUGCCAAGUGUUUGCUGGUAGUAUUUCGAUUAGAUUUUUUUUUUUGCCUUAAAAAUCAAAUAGGCAGCUGAGAAAUGAUGUUGCACGAGGCGGUUAUGCUGGAAAUUUACAGGCAGGCGCUCACGGCAAGUGAGUUGACCAGCCCGCGCUGUCAAUCCCGAGAAUCGAAUGUUUCUGCAGCAGCAAUGGAGGGCAGAUGCCCCUCGAAUGGCUCACACUGCUCUGGCAAUGAGCGAACUACGACGCCAGCAGCCACCUCGCUUUCCAGCACACCACCUGCAGGACUACCGCUGUCGGCCACGCUAGCACCGGCUGCUGCAGCUGCCUUGUUGCCACCACAGUCUGCUGCCAUGGCUGCAUACUUCAAUGCAGCUGCAGCAGCAGCAGCACAACAAAAUCACUUGCUGCUGACCAAUCCACUAGCGGCCGCGGCCUCCUUGGUACAACAAGCAACACGAACGCAUACGCCAACUACAAAUCGCACGCCACCCUCACCACAAACAGACGCCACAAAUGAUGAACCAGUGCUGGACUUUAGCACGAAACGCCGACGGGAUUCUGAGCAUGAAAGUGACGACGAUGAGGCCGAUGAUAAGAUGGAGGACGAUGACAACUGCGGAUCGGGCAGUGGCACAGAUGCAGCAGUCGAUGUGAAUAGUCCGCUUGAUUUGUCGGUCGGACGUAAACGUGAAGCUACCGAUGAGGAGGCACAACACAUGCCAAUACGAAAAACAAUACGCACCACGCACGACUAUAAAGCGCUGCCACCUGUUGCCAGUAAUUGGGUGCCGAGUAUUAAUCCAUAUCUAGCCGCAGUGGCGGCAGCUAGUUUAUCACCCAAAUCGCCACUCUCGCCACUGGAGUGGAGCGGAAAGCACAAACUUUUGCCAAAUGAAGCUACCAAAGCACUAGAGAAAAUGACUGAAAUGACAAGACUCGGCUCGGCUACAGAUAGUGCCGAGCUACCACCGCAUCGACAAAUAAGCGCGACAGCCAACAAUGCGGGAAACUCCGGCGGCGGCGGCGGCGGUGGUGGUGGUGGUGGACGGCACAGUGCAUGGCAGUCGCAUUGGCUGAAUAAGGGGGCAGACGCUGUGAGAGAUGUCUUCAAAUGUGUUUGGUGUAAGCAAAGUUUUCCCACACUGGCCUCAUUAACAGCACACAUGAAGGAGACGCAACACUGUGGUGUUAGCAUGCCUCCAACGGGCGCUAGUGGUGCACCAAGUAAUAGCAGCGGUGGCGGCGUCGGCGGCAGCGGCUGCAAUCAGACAACUCAAUCGACACAUCACUUACGUCACUCCGCUAAUACCAACACAUCGCUCGCCGCCACAUCCGCCACAACGGCUGCAGCGACCACUUCGUCCACGUCCAAUAAAUCUGAUCUCAAUUUGUUAAUCAAAGAAACGAUGCCAUUGCCACGCAAGCUAGUGCGUGGCCAAGAUGUCUGGCUCGGCAAAGGUGCAGAGCAAACGCGCGAAAUACUGAAGUGCAUGUGGUGCGGCCAGAGUUUUCGCUCGCUAGCCGAAAUGACAUCGCACAUGCAGGAGACACAACACUACACGAACAUAAUAUCCCAGGAGCAGAUCAUUUCAUGGAAGUCGACGGACGAUAAAAACUCGAACAGCGGCAGCGGCUCCAACUCGAAUGGCGCAUCAUCAACAUCACCUGUCGUGACAUCGCCACCGUCUGCCGGCAUGGUUCAUCCAGCGGCGGGCGCUGUUAUUUCUAGCCCCAACAACACAACGUCGGCUACUGUAAGCGCUGUGCUAACAUGUAAGGUGUGCGAUCAGGCCUUUCCGUCGCUCAAGGAACUAAGCAAUCACAUGAUGAAGAAUGCACACUACAAGGAGCACAUGAUGCGUGCAAUCGGCGGCAGCGGCGGUGGCGGUGGUGGUUGUGGUGGAGAGCAUACGACGAGCGCGUCAGCAACGCCGUCCGCACGGCGUGGACGACAAAUGCGUGAAAAACGUAAAAAGUCGUUACCAGUGCGUAAGCUACUGGAGUUGGAACGCGCGCAACAAGAUUACAAAAAUAAUAGUUUGGAUCCGGCUUUGAAGCCGUUACGUGACUUUGCCGCCACAACUAAGAUCACAUGCGAAAAAUGUGGCGAGAAAAUCGAGACAGCGCUAUUUGUCGAUCACAUCAGGCAGUGUCUGGGCGGAAUGUUGAUGGUGCCCGCACGCAAUCGCAACAACGACGUCUUGAAGCCGACAUUCAAUCCGAUGAGCUGCUUGGAACAGCUCACCAGUCCACAGACCCCGACUAGUCAUAGUGAUGGCCGCAAAACAGCCGACAGCAAUGUGUCACACGCAUCAACACGCCCGGAAAUAAUUUGCCCGCUACCCAAGGAAGGCGAAAAGGCGAGUAAUUCUACACCAUCAGUACUCAAUGCCAUCGAACAGCUGAUCGAGAAGAGUUUCGAUACACGCAUGCGCAACAGCAGCUCCUACUCAUCGAACGGUAAUGGCAGUCAACGCAGCACACCACUAGGCUCGAGUAUAUUGAAGCGUCUAGGCAUUGAUGAUUGCGUGGACUAUACCAAACCGCUCAUAGAUCCACAAACCAUGCACUUUAUGCGCUCAUACUCGAGCUUCUCGGCGCGUGACCGCAGCGCUAGCGAGUCCAGUUCGAUUUCCGAACGCUGCAAUAGUCGCAUUGAAUCGUUUACACCCGAACGUAGUGUGCAGGAACGCGUACGACAGUCCACACCACGUCUAACGCCAGAAAAGUUCAACACAACAGAAACAAUAACAAACGCUGACGUGCACGCUGAGCUCAUCAAUAUGAAUAUAAAAACAGAGCCUUCGGAAACGUCUAACGAACCGCAAGAGCUAACCAUGAAUGGCAGUAAAGAUGCCGCCGAUGCUGUGUCACCACAGAAAAUCUCCGUGAAAAAGGAAUUCAAUAUGAUUGAUAGCCAAGAAGAUGAACGACAGCAAUCAAGCGAUUCGCUUCACUAUAAGCCACACGCGGAGACGCCCGGCUCGCGUGCUACCAGCCCCAGCGCAAGCGACGAACGCUCAAUUACGCCCAAAUCCACAUCAUCCUUGGCUGAGAAGCGAUUUGCGCCAGCUGGUAGUAGCCUCACAGCACUCUCUUCAAUGUUCGACAAUCUAAACAAUAUGAGCUCGAAUGCAGUUAGUGCACAGUCGCACGCUGCAGACACUUUGAUUGGUGUUGGCGAAACCAACAAUAAUAACAACAACAACACAAAUAAGAAGCCGAAUGCCAAUCCAUUGGCUGCACUUCAGAAACUCUGCGAAACUACAGAGAAGCCGGCAACAAAGUCACGCAGCAAUGCCGUCAAUGGCAUCAAUCAUAACACCCAGCUAACUGGCAACAUGAUGGCCUUCAGCUGGGCUUGCAAUGAUGCGGUGCAGAAUUCGAAUGCCGAAUCUAUGAUCAAGUGUUCGCAAUGUGAUGCAGUCUUCAGCUCAAAGGGUGCUUAUCGUCAUCACUUCUCGAAGAUGCAUUACAUGAAGGACGACGUAGGCGAAGUGAAUGCCAUUAAAUCACCAACGCUGGCGUGCUCACCGAAAUCGGCAGCCACAUCGCCGAAGAGCGCCUCAAAGAGUCCGUUGGGUGCGGGCGGCAACAUGGCUGCGCCAAUCAUUAAUCCAUACAGCGAAAGCUCACAAUCAAAGUUCCUCAAAUACACCGAGUUAGCCAAGCAAUUGUCAUCGAAGAAUGCAUAAGCGAUGUGUUGUAUAUAGUUUCCUAAUUAACUGCUAAGCCCUAAACUAUUGGUAAGUUAAAAUUAUAAGCGCAUUGAAAGCUCAGAAAGAUAUAAUUUUAUUUUUUGGAAAAUUUCGUAAAUUUAUAAGUAUGUUGUUUAAGAAAUAAACCCUUUUCUUAUUUGCAAAGUUCCUUGUACAUUAGCCUAGUUCAGUUUUUAUUAAAGACCUUCGAUUUUUCGACGCGGUGCGUCGUGACUUAUUUGUACUAGGCUUUCCUCGUUAUGUUCCUAGAAAAAACCAAGUUAAAUGUUCCUAAAGAGAAAUUGAUCAGAUUUUCGUAAAACAAGUAAUUUUUAAGCAAAAAUAAAACCGACUCAAUUCUCGUAUAAAUAUUUUAGAGCAGUGCUAAUUUCUUCAUGAUCCAAUGAUCGAAUCUAAACCAAAUUAGUAUAGGACCACCUCUGAGGUACCACCUCUGACGAAUUGAUACACUCCUCCUUUUUUGAAGUCCGUUAAAAAAUAUCACAAAAUACUUUAACUUAUCCACCUAUCUCAGAGUAAUUUGUAUAGCAUAAAAACCAUGGAAAAUGAACCAACACCAGCAUAAAUAUCUGUUUAUGCAUCAGAAACCAUAGGUUCACAAAAAAGGUUUUUUUCAAAAAAAGACUAAAACGGCAUUCAUAUUUCCAGAACUUAUUUAGUGAGUAGGGAUAUGUGCUAAAUUUUUUGGAUGCCCUUUAAAUUUUAGUUAAAUAAUUAACUUAAAAAUAUAAAAAAACUGAAUACGGCAAAGUGUGCUAACCCCAAAUAAAUUUCAUAGUCCUUCAAAGGAUCUUCCGAGCGCUCGCUCUAAAACUUAAGGACAUAGACUUCAAUGAAUCUCGGUACUCAGCUCGGACGAAGGCAUUUGACUAUCGAUUCUGCAUUCGUUUGUUUAUAUUUUUAAGUUAUUUUUACAGAUGAAAAACGAAAAAAAAACUAGCAAUCCAUCGACUUUUUCAUCAGAACAUUGGCAAGUAAUAUUGAAUCAGACUUACAGAUCUUGAAUACUGCGAGCACUGACUCUGUUUUUAAUUAAAUUUUUAAGAUUCCUGCUCGAAAUCCUUUUUGAAAAAUAUCAAACUUCGACUUAAGUACGCCAUAGGCGUAAGUUUAUAGUCCACGAUCCAAAAUAGAUCCGUUUGAAAAAAUAUUGCCCGACAAGUAAACAAAAUUACGGUUAAUUAUUUGAAAGUUUUUCUAAAAGCAAAUAUCCCAAUAGGCCUCAUUACAAAUUCAAACGAAUAAAAUAUCAAAAGCAAAUCAAGAAAACGAGGUUUAGUACAGCCCUUCGGUUUUCAUGUCUGCUGGUUUCAUUUUAAGUUUGUGCCCUGAAGAACAUAAGUGUAGCCAUUGAAAUCGUAAAAAACAAAAAAAAAAACUGUCACAACAAUCCAUAUUUAUUAAUUUAUAGCAAUGUAUCGAAUUAUUGAAAUUGAUCAAUGUUUAUUGAGUUGUCGAA